AUGUGGUUGUGCCCUUCAGUUGCUCUGGUUGGUGCCCUGUCCGUAGCCUUCUUGCUCGUGCGCUACUUCGCACAGCUGCACCAUCACCGCGAAAAAUCCAAAGCCUUGCACUGUAAGCCUCCUCUUUCGGGCUCUUCCACUUUCUUUGGCAUUCCAAAUUUCAUUCGGUUGAGUAAGGCUGUGCGCGAAAAGCGCUGGGUCGAUCAUUUCUACAACGAAUAUGCUGUCCAUGGAAAUACCUUCAAACAGACGUUCCUCUCUCGCAAUUUAAUCACAACCAGGGAGCCUGAAAACGUCAAGGCGAUUCUCGCUACCCAAUUCAAUGAUUUUUCUCUGGGAACAAGACACCAACAUUUCUACCCACUCCUGGGCGAUGGCAUCUUCACUCUCGACGGUGCUGGAUGGUCACAUGCGCGCGGAUUAUUACGCCCGCAGUUCACUAGAGACCAAGUUGCCGAUCUUUCCAUGCUAAAUGACCACAUCUCCAACUUUAUCGAUCUGAUCCCCAAGGACAGAAGCAGCUUUGACAUCCAGCGUUUGUUCUUCCUGCUGACCCUGGAUUCGGCAACGCACUUCCUAUUCGGGGAGUCGGUUGGGUGUAUGCUUCCCUCUUCGAGGAGGACGGGCGUGCUGGAGAAAUGCGCCGUCGGUAGUGCACAGGGCUUUGCCAACGCCUUCGGAACCGCUCAGGAUUAUCUCGCUGCACGAAUUCGUGCGCAGGGAAUGUACUGGGUCAUUAACCCCAAAGAAUUCCGUGAAGCAAACCGGAAAGUACACGAGGUCGUCGAUCAUUAUGUCCAUCUCGCUCUGGAAUCGAAACAUAAUGCGCAAAAGAAGAACGCCGACGGUCGGUAUAUCUUCCUUGAAGCACUAGCGGACGACACCGAUGACCCCAAGAUUCUGCGCGAUAACCUGCUCAACAUAUUGUUGGCUGGUCGCGAUAGUACGGCCAGUUUACUGAGCUCGACUUUCUUCUAUCUUUCUCGGCACCCUAAUGUAUGGAACCGGCUGCGUCGUGAGAUCGUGGAUAGUUUCGGAGACACGAAGAAGUUGCGGUCGGAAGUAACGCAUACCAAGCUAAAGGAUAUUCAUUAUCUGCGAUAUGUAUUGAAUGAAGUCCUUCGCCUUCAACCUCCUGUGCCUAUCAAUUUCCGCGUUGCAACCAAAGACACCUCCCUACCGGUUGGCGGUGGCGCGGACUACCAGUCCCCGGUCUAUGUCAAGAAGGGUACGAUGGUUGCGUACAGCGUAUACGCUAUGCACCGCCGGACGGACCUGUGGGGUAAAGACGCAACUUCCUUCCGGCCCGAGCGCUGGGAGGAAACUGCUAAGCAUGGAUGGAAAUAUCUGCCUUUCAAUGGUGGACCGCGUAUCUGCCUUGGUCAACAAUACGCUCUCACUGAGGCAAGCUACACCGUCGUUCGUCUUAUGCAGCACUUUGAUACCCUCGAAAAUGCGGACCCCAAUCCUCGGCAGGAGCCAGUGAAAUUAUCUAAUUUGACCAUGUCGCAUGAUCUUGGCGUGCACAUUCGUUUGUACUCUUCAGACGUGAUUUAG